AUGGCAGGUGAGCAAGUAUCAGUGAGUGUGGCUGACAUCUCCAGGUCCGGAGUCGACGAGUCGCAGAAGAACCUUGAAGUCGGGUUACCCUUAGUAGCACAGAAUUGCAAAGGGAGCACCUGUUUUAUCGAGCGCACCACUGUCACUGUGAUAAUGGCUUUUCAGACCCCUCCUACUUUGUUCGAGACGGCGGCUGAUAGGGCAUGGCUAUUGGCGAUGGAUGACCGAACGUUUAUAGUGGUGGAGGGGUGA